GUGUCUUUUCCUAGGUGAUAUAUAGGGGCAGAGGUGGUCCAGAUCUGUCACACACAUGCCACUCUUCUAGUGAACGCCUGCUGGACUGCUGCCACAAUAAAACGUUGGAAUGAACCACUUUGUACUGCUAUUGUUGUACACACUGGGGACAUCAGCGGUGCUGGCAGACCCCAACAAAGAGGAAUCCAGACCUUCAGAGCAGUCGAGGCUGUCGGUAGAUCCAAAGCCCUCAGAGGAACCCAAUGGCCAAAAAAGUGAGCCUUGCUCAAAGGGAUGCUCCUGUAUCCAAGAUGACUACAGCUUAGAGCUCAACAUCUACUGCAGCACACGUAACUUCACCCAGGUUCCCUCCGACAUCCCUCUAUCCACACGCUCCCUGUGGCUGGAUGGAAACCUGUUUACUAACUUACCAGCGGCUGCUUUCGAAAAGCUGUCCAAUCUGGAGUUCCUGAACCUACAGAGCAGCUUGCUGGUAUCCCUUGAUGGCCAUGUCUUUAGAGGUCUGAAUUCCCUUGCUCACCUGCACCUUGAGAGGAACAAUAUCCGUUCAUUACCUGGCAUAGUCUUUCAGGGUACACCCAACCUUGCGUCUCUCAGUCUCAACAAUAACCAGCUGUCUCGAAUAGAUGACAAGUUGUUCGCAGGACUCAGCCACAUGUGGUUGUUGAACCUCGGAUGGAAUUCACUGUCUGUCCUGCCUGAGACGGGGUUCCAGGACCUACACGGAUUACGAGAGUUGGUUCUCGCUGGGAAUCGCCUGGCGUAUCUCCAACCACAGCUAUUUCAGGGUCUCUCUGAGCUCAAAGAAUUGGACCUAACUGGAAACUAUCUGAAAGUUAUUAAGGCAAAUGUGUUUCUGAAACUACCAAAGCUGCAAAAGCUUUAUCUGGCCCAAAACCAGAUAGUGACCGUGGCACCUAGGGCAUUUGUAGGCAUGAAAUCUUUGAGAUGGUUGGACCUCAGCAGAAAUCGUCUAUCUGCACUUCACGAUGAAACUUUCCUCGGUCUGCACAGCCUACAUGUGCUUCGCCUGUCAAAUAACUCAAUUGGUAGCCUAAGAACCGGGACUUUCCGUGACCUGCAGUAUCUUGAGGAACUCUGCCUUUGCCACAACCAGAUUCGAGCCUUGGGAGUGAGAGUUUUUGAAGGGCUGGGUCAUCUAGAGGUGUUGAACUUGGAGAACAACCGGCUACAAGAGGCACGCAUGGGCACAUUCAUGGGCCUGAAUCACCUUGCUGUGAUAAAACUUACUGGCAGCUGUUUCCACAGCCUACCGGAUCAAGUCUUCAAGGGUCUGUCAAAGCUCCACAGUAUUCAUCUUGAUAGAAGCUGUCUGACAAAAGUCUCAGCCCAAAGUUUCAGCGGUCUAACAGGUCUUCGUCGACUCUUCCUACAACACAACAACAUCUCAGUGCUUGAGCGUCAGAGUUUUGUGGAACUGCAAGGGCUGCAACAGCUUGAUCUAAGGUUCAACCGGUUAACAUCCAUCAGCUCCCACAUGUUUUAUGGCCUGAAGAACCUUGAUUACCUGCUGCUGUCAGGCAACUUACUUCGCAAUCUUCCAGCUGAGGCUUUACUGCCUCUGCAACACCUGUCUUGGCUGGAUCUUUCUGGAAACAGGAUGGAGUUUAUACUUAAUGCAACCAUAUACAUGCUGCCACGUUUGCGUUACUUAAACCUGAAAGACAAUGUACUGGUCAACCUCCCAGCUUCUAUACCUGAUACUUUGGAUCAGCUCUGGCUCUCAGGUAACAACUGGAAAUGUGACUGUAGUGCUAAACCCUUUCGAGAUUUCAUUCUGCAGAAGCCACAGGUGGUUCCGCUGCAGGUUGAAAUGCUUGGGGAAGGUGAGGAGCCCCAUACACUUGUCACAAUAUACAAUAACAUCACAUGUGCCAGCCCACUCAGCAUUUUUGGACUCGAUCUGCGGAACAUCGUCAGUGAACAUUUUCGGGACUGUUAAAUAUAAAAAUAUUAAUUCUGCUACUUACUCUCUUUUUCUAUUCUGCCAUUAUAAUUCAAAUACAUAUGUCAGAGCUUCAAUUCAUGACAUUUAUUUAUCUCAAGAAAUAUCUUCUUUUGUGAAAAAAUCUUAAAAAGAUGCAUGAUAGGCUGUCAUUGUUAAUCCAAGCCAUGUAAAAAUAACAGUGUUAUUUGAUGAUCAAUUGUGCUUAUAUAUUCAGGUAAAUAUAUAUAUAUAUAUAUAUAUAUAUAUUGGAAAUACAUUUAAAUAAAGGCUACAAAAAUGUUAGGUGGUAAAAAAGUCAUAUUUAAAUAAAUAUAUUUUGCAAAAAUCUACUCUAUGACAUAAAGAAUGUGUAGAAGAUGUUCCUUACAUAUUUGAAAAAAAAAAAACAACAAAAACAGUUGUACAAACAAGUAUCAAAAGUGACUUUAUGAAGUGUUCUGCCUUGAUUUUUUUAGUACGUCCAGCUUCCUUCAAAAUCAAACAAAAUGUGUUUGUUUAUGGUCACUAUAUAAACAUGAAGAAGAACAUUGUGCAAAUGCUCAGUCUGAUAAACCAAACCCAAAUAUGGAUAUAUGUGCAUAAUAUUGAUCCUUGCUCUAAGUCCAAAGACCUGCUGAGCAACAUCUUCAGGUUACAAUCAGUAGUCAAUUCUGUAUUUGUAGACCA